AGCAGUCUGCAUCAGCACCUCCGCCAGCCCCUCCCUGACGGGCUGAGCCCACAGAUGCUGGGGAGCAGCGGGAUAAGGAUGGAAGGAGCCCAGGGCUGGGUGGGCACGCUGCUGCUGAUUUCAGCCGGGAGCUGUCAGGAGCACAACAGCUGAAAAUCUGCCCUCCUGUAAGUGGGGGGCUUAGGGACAAGGCUGACCCUGUUACCCUCGGGCCGGGACGUGCCCUCGACCCCCAGCUCCCCAGCCUGCCAGCUUGCGUGCAUUUUUGCCUGUUUUUCUCACUCCGUUGGCCCAUUGCCUUUAAAAGGCUAAAUGCUCCGGACUAAAUUUGGUCAUGCAGCUCUGCAUGGUUCCCUGGAAUGUCCUCGGGUUUCAGGCUCCCCCGACAGCACCAUUCCCCGCCUCCGCUGGGUUCCAUUGGCCAACCCUUGUGCCGAGGGAUGUCCCCUCUCCAUCAGCACCGUACCCCGGGCUGCGGAGCUGAGAUUUAACACUUCAGCACCUGCUGCCGCUGUGGGAAGCAGUUUGAGAGCCUCGGCUCUGGUUUUUUUCUCCUGCUUUGGGUACCACAACAACCGCAACCGUGUCUCGCCAACGGGCCAAGAUGUCCAAAGUCGCCAAAUAUCGGCGACAGGUGAGCGAGGAUCCGGACAUCGACAGCCUGCUGUCCACGCUGAGUCCGGAGGAGAUGGAGGAGCUGGAGAAGGAGUUGGAUGUGGUGGAUUCCGAUGGAAGCAUCUCUAUGGAGCAGAGUCAGAAGAACCAAGCAGACAACCCUCCGUCCAGCACGCAGAACCGCGACGCCGUGCUCAACCACCACGAGAAGGAGCCCAGGAAACGUCUCCAAAGGGAGCAGGCGGUGGAUGAAAGCAGGCUGGACGAGAAGAAGGAUGUCAAGAACGGAGAAGAAAAGGGAAAAGAAGCUCCUGCCAAAGACCUGGCCAAGAAACGUGAUACAGGAGUGGGGAAAGACUCUAAGAAGGAAGAAAGUGCCCAAAAGAUGGAGCCGAAAGCUAAAGGGGAGGCUGAGAGCAAAACCAAGGACAGGAAAGCCAUCAAUGACAAGGUGAAGGCCAUGGAAAACAAGCUGAUGGGCAAGGACAAGAAGGAGGAAGGGAAGGGUUCAAUAGCAAAGAAGGAUGCGGAGAAGGACAAAAAGGAAGAAAGGGGUUCAGCAUUAAAGAAGGAUGUGGGGAAAGACAAAAAGGAGGAGGAAAAGGGCUCAGUGCUGAAGAAGGAUGCAGGGAAGGAUAAAAAGGAGGAAGAGAAGGGCUCAGCAGCAAAGAAAGAGACAGAGAAGGACAAAAAGGAAGAAGAAAAGAAGUCGGCAUUGAAGAGGGGCACAGGGAAGGACAAAAAGGAGGAAGAGAAGAGCUCAGAAUCAAAGAAAGAGACAGAAAAAGACAAGAAAGGUGAAGAGAAGAAAGGCAAAGAUAAAAAAGAAGAGGAAAAGACCUCAGCCUCGAAAAAAUCCGAGGCGGAUGAGAAGGGAAAAGCACAGCCCGAGGCGCAGGCGGCAGCGGAGGGGAAGGAGGAGCCCAAGGCAGCAGCACAGAGCAGCCCCACAACCACCCCCAGCAGCGCCCCGGAGCAGCCCAAGGAGGACGAGGCCUCCAGCAUCUUCGACGAGCUCAUCGAGAAGGUGAAGAACAACGACGCCGAGGUCACCGAGGUGAACGUGAACAACUCGGACUGCAUCAACAACGAGACCUUGGUGCGCUUCACCGAGGCGCUGGAGUUCAACACCGUGGUCAAGCUGUUUGCGUUGGCCAACACCCGCGCCGACGACCACGUGGCUUUCGCCAUCGCCAUCAUGCUGAAGUCCAACAAGGUGCUGACCAGCAUCAACCUGGAUUCCAACCACAUCACGGGGAAAGGCAUCCUGGCCAUUUUCCGGGCGCUGCUGCAGAACGACACGCUGACGGAGCUGCGCUUCCACAACCAGCGGCACAUCUGCGGGGGCAAAACGGAGAUGGAGAUCGCCAAGCUGCUGAAGGAGAACACCACGCUGCUCAAGCUGGGCUACCACUUCGAGCUGGCCGGGCCCCGCAUGACGGUCACCAACCUGCUGAGCCGCAACAUGGACAGGCAGAGGCAGAAGCGCCUCCAGGAGCAGAAGCUGGCGCAGGAGCGCGGCGAGAAGAAGGAUCUGCUGGAGGUGCCCAAGGUCGGAGCCCCGAAGGGGUCCCCCAAGGGAUCCCCGCAGCCGUCCCCAAAAGCGUCCCCCAAAAACUCCCCCAAGAAGGGGGGAGCGCCCGCCGCGCCACCCCCACCUCCUCCUCCCCUCGCCCCGCCGCUGAUCAACGAGAAUCUGAGGAAUUCGCUCUCGCCGGCCACGCAGAGGAAGAUGGGGGACCGGGUGCCCAUGCAGGAGAAGAGCUCACGAGAUCAACUGCUGGCGGCCAUCCGCUCCAGCAACCUCAAACAGCUCAAGAAGGUGGAACUACCAAAGCUGCUGCAGUAGGGAGCGAGACGCUCGCCUUCCUCGUGACUCUCGCCGUGAUGAGCCCUUGGGGACCCUGCAGUGACCGACGCCGAGGAGCAGCGAUCUCUCUGGGACUGAUGGAGGAAGGGCCGGGCCCGAGGAGGGCCGGCGUGGUUGUUGGCCACGGCGCGUGAGAAAGACCUCGUAUUUAUUGUUUGUACA